UCGACUCUGGAGAGCGUGGUGAAUGGGAUUCCUCUGAUCGCGUGGCCGCUGUACGCGGAGCAGAGGAUGAACGCGGUGAUGCUGACGGAGGAAAUUAAGGUGGCGAUGAGAGCAGAGGCGAAAGGGGAAAAUGGGAUUGUGGAGAAGGAGGAGAUUUGCAGAGUUGUGAAGUCGCUGAUGGAAGGGGAAGAGGGGAAGAAACUGAGGACGAAAAUGAAAGAAUUGAAAGAAGCAGGGGAAAGAGCAUUGGGAGAAAAUGGAUCUUCUACUAAAAUCCUCUGUGAAUUGGUUCAGAAAUGGAAGAGCAAGAUUUGCAGUUAGAACUUAGAAACUCUCUGUAAUUUUUUAUUCCCCUUCUCUCUCUUAGAAAAUAAUGCCUCGUCCAUAAUAAAAGCAUCUUGUGUUUUGUUCAUUUCAAAAAAAUAUCAUCUACUUUAUUUGUCUAUUAUUAUUAUUAUUUUUUAUCAUGGGAUCAUGAGUACAUGGAAAAGUAGUUGUUUA